AUGCUCAAACCAAAUAUGGAGCGUCAGAAGAAAAUACAACAACAAAUUAUUGCUAAUUUUCAUCAAUCUCAUUUUCCAAAACUUACUUUCGCUUUUGAUUCUGCUAUUGGAUCAAAUUCAUCAGCACUUCAUGUCGAUCGUAGUUUACUUUCUCGCAAUCUUUAUUCUUCAAAUAAACAUAUUGGUCAAUCAUUUUCACCUGUUGAUAAUACUCCUAUAACUCAUGGGAAAUUCUCUGAUCCGGAAUUUCUACCUAUAGCUGGAAGUAUUAAACAAGGCAAUGAAGAAACAUCGUUUGACGAUUUUGAAUAUCGAGCAAAUGUAGCACGAUGGCUGCGUCCUGAACACAUUCGAUGGUCUAACGAUGCUGAACAAUAUCAAUUAACUGUAUUCAAUCAACCACAUUCAAAAGAUAUUAUUCAAGGUCGUCUUGGUGAUUGUUGGUUCAUUUCUGCAUUAGCAUUAAUUGUUGAAAUACCACAAAUAUUAUAUAAAAUUAUGAUUACAAAACAAUAUAAUCCAGCUGGACUUUAUAAAAUACGCUUAUGUAAUCGAGGGAUUUGGCAAGUUGUUACUAUUGAUGACAUGUUACCUGUAACAGAAUCAAAUUCACUUAUCUUCGCACGAAGUCAUAAAAAACAAUUGUUUGUAUCAUUAAUUGAGAAAGCCUUAGCAAAAAUGCAUGGAAGCUAUAAAGCUCUUGGAUUCGGUCUGGAGUCAGAACAUGCCUAUAGUAUUCUUGAUGCAAAACAAGUUGGCUCUCAAAGACUUGUUCGUUUACGCAAUCCAUGGGGUAAAAAAGAACUGAAUAGUUCAGUCAGUAAUAAUCUGAUAGAAUGGCCAAGAAUUCUGAAAGAAAAGCCUCCUACAUCUUCAGAGCAUGAUGGUGCUUUCUGGAUGCCGUGGGAAGAAAUUUGUUCGUCUUUUGAUGAUAUUACUAUUUGUAAAAUCAAUGGAAAUGAACAUAAAGCUCGUAAAAGAGGUCAGUUUAGUGAUUUUUCUUCUAAAGUAACAUCAGCUUAUUGGCUUGAUUGUCCACAUGGAGCUGAACUUAAUAUUGAAUUAUUUAAUGCUGGUGAUGGAAAAUACUAUAAUCGUUUAAAGGAGCCCAAUGUUGAUCUUUUCUUAAUUCUACUUAGUUCAAAUGGUUCAUGUAAAACAUAUAAACAUAGUCUUGAUUAUUACAUAACAUUAUCAACAACAGUAUCAGCUGGUCGAUACAUUCUAUUAGCUGGCUCAAUGUCAGUGGUUAAUUAUUCGAUAUAUCCAAAAUUUAAUUUGGUUGUACAUGCUGAUCAACCUUUUGUUCUUAAUGAACAGCCAUCUUCACAUGAAUUAGUUGGUAAUGCGUUCCAUGCAGUUGCUAUUCGAGCUAAUGUUCGAAAAGAUUUUGGAGAUGGUGUAUCGCUUUUAACAUUUAAUGAUAAUGGAGGCUUUGGUUUCAUCUGUGAAAAUAAAUCUAAUAGAAAUAUUCGUUUUACAGCUGAUUUUCAAGGAUCAAGAAAUGUUUUAUCUUCUCGAAAAGCUUUUCGUAUGGUUGAUGUGAUUCCAGCUAAAACAAAACAACUUUUUGCGAUAUUUACACGAAAAGUGCUUUCUGAGGAUGUAAACAUCGGUAAAUAG